AUGCCAUUAAAUACUAUAUAUAAACCGCCACAAAAUCAGAUCAUUAUCCAUUCAGCUUCUCCUUCACUUCUUCUCCUCUACUUUGGAAAAAAGGAAUCGAGAGCCAUGAAGGUCCUCAUCCUUGCCUGUCUGGUGGCUCUGGCCCUUGCAAGAGAGCAGGAAGAACUCAAUGUAGUCGGUGAGACUGUGGAAAGCCUUUCAAGCAGUGAGGAAUCUAUUACACACAUCAAUAAGAAAAUUGAGAAGUUUCAAAGUGAGGAACAACAGCAAACAGAGGAUGAACUCCAGGAUAAAAUCCACCCCUUUGCCCAGACACAGUCUCUAGUCUAUCCCUUCACUGGGCCCAUCCCUAACAGCCUCCCACAAAACAUCCUGCCUCUUACUCAAACCCCUGUGGUGGUGCCACCUUUCCUUCAGCCUGAAAUAAUGGGAGUCCCCAAAGUGAAGGAGACUAUGGUUCCUAAGCACAAAGAAAUGCCCUUCCCUAAAUAUCCAGUUGAGCCCUUUACUGAAAGCCAGAGCCUGACUCUCACUGAUGCUGAAAAGCUGCACCUUCCUCUGCCUCUGCUCCAGUCUUGGAUGCACCAACCUCUCCAGCCUCUUCCUCCAACCGUCAUGUUUCCUCCUCAGUCCGUGCUGUCCCUUUCUCAGCCCAAAGUUCUGCCUGUUCCCCAGAAAGCAGUGCCCCAGAGAGACAUGCCCAUCCAGGCCUUUCUGCUGUACCAGGAGCCUGUACUUGGUCCUGUCCGGGGACCCUUCCCUAUUCUUGUAAGUCUAAAUUUACUACCUGUGCUGUUUAACUUCUGA